AUGGGGAACCGGGUCACCCGCGAGGAUUUCGAGUGGGUCUACACGGAGCAGCCCCACACGCAGCGCAGGAAGGAGAUCCUGGCAAAGUAUCCAGAGAUCAAGACUCUGAUGGGACCAGAUCCACAUUUAAAGUGGAUUGUAUCUGGAAUGGUUUUCACGCAGCUUCUGGCGUGCUACCUGGUGAAAGACUUAUCUUGGAAAUGGAUUUUCUUCUGGGCUUAUGCUUUUGGGGGUUGCAUCAACCACUCGCUGACCCUGGCCAUCCAUGACAUUUCCCACAACGUGGCCUUUGGGAACAAGCAGGCCAGGUGGAACCGAUGGUUCGCAGUCUUCGCCAACUUGCCCAUCGGCGUCCCCUACUCUGCCUCCUUCAAGAAAUACCACAUUGACCAUCACCGCUACCUGGGAGGGGACAGUCUGGACGUGGACAUUCCCACAGACUUUGAGGGCUGGUUUUUCUGCACGCCGCUCCGGAAGCUGCUGUGGCUGUUCCUGCAGCCUCUGUUCUACAGCCUGAGGCCGCUCUAUGUGAACCCCAAAGCAAUCACACGGAUGGAAAUCCUCAAUGCUCUCGUCCAGUUUUCUAUAGACCUCAUCAUUUACUACCUGUGGGGGCUCAAACCUGUUAUUUACCUAAUAGCAGGUACUAUUCUUUGCUUGGGUCUUCAUCCCAUUUCUGGGCACUUCAUAGCAGAACACUACAUGUUCCUGAAAGGGUAUGAGACAUACUCUUAUUAUGGACCUCUGAACUGGCUCACCUUCAAUGUAGGCUACCACAUGGAGCACCAUGACUUCCCCAGCAUUCCUGGAUGCAGGCUGCCCAUGGUGAAGAAGAUUGCAGCAGAAUAUUAUGAUAACCUCCCACAUCACCAGUCCUGGAUUCGAGUUCUGUGGGACUUUGUUUUUGAUGACACUCUUGGUCCUUAUUCAAGGGUUAAGAGACUGUGCAAGCUGGCGAAGGAAAGUUAAUGGGGCAGCUCCUCCUGCUUCAGUGGUGUGUGUUUGUUCAUUCUUGUGACUUCAGUUUUCUGCAGAAAUAGAAGGAUCUUUGUGUGUUCUGAAUUGAAGUUGAUGCAUGCUGCUUAUGCCAAGAGGAUG